AUGUCAUCCUUUACAUACAGUAUAUUUAUAUACAAGAAAAAAACAACAGUAGCGGAAUAAAUACUGGGUCAAAAUGUUUAUCAGAUUCAACUGAAAGAUUGAGAUUAAAAACUUGAAAUUUACCAUUUAUUUGUAGCUUUUGUUCACCCAGUGACAGAGCGUUUAAUUGUUUAGAAACUGAGUCAAGAAUAUACGGAAGCAGAUUAGAGCCACUGAAAAAAUAACUCUGACUUUUAAUCUCUGAAUUCCGAGAUUAAAAUAUUAAAACUCUCACUCGUUCCGUUAACGGAGUCACGGCGGCUCUCUGUCUCCAUCUAGCGGUCACAUUCUGCCACAGCAUCUGGCAGAACCGCGAAAAGCCGUUUUAUUUUAUGGUUUAGUUAUUUUAACUCGGGUCCAAACGGGACAAAACGACCAGAUCAAAUUGGGUUUACAUGACUGUUAAACUGCUACAGAAAUAAUUCUUGAUGUUUAUUGGACGUUAGGAUUUUUUUUAAACUUAUGAAUCAUCGGAGAAACGAGGGGAAAAAAGAGAAAAGAUUUGAGUCAUGUGGGGAUUUACACCCCAAAUGAAUCACGACGAUGCAACAAUCCAAACAUCUCCAGGGUUUCUAUCAUCGGCUGUUAGUUUUCCAUUUAGCUUAAUGCCUUUGAGGUGAACUGAACCAGAGAAACUCCGUGUUUCAGGCCUCAGCAGGUCCGGCUUUUGUGGGCGGAGGCAGUUCGUGGGCGGCGAUAGUUAAAGCAGAUUCUGUGGAAGCGGACCUUUAACGCCUUGCAGACUUCCUGAAGCUGCAGAGCCCGGCUGAGAUGGCGUUGGUGGGGAAAACCGCGGUGGUGACCGGAGCGGCCAUGGGGAUCGGAAGAGCUUUGGCGGAGAUCCUGCUGGAGAACGGAGCCAAGGUGGCUCUGCUGGACAUUAAUGAGGCUGCAGCAGAGCGCCCCCUGCAGGCGCUGGAGCAGCACUUCGGGGCAGAGAAGACCAUCUUCCUGAAGUGUGACGUUGAAUCCGAGGAGCAGAUCAGAGCUGCAUUUAAGAAAACUGUAGAAAUCUUCGGGGGAAUCGACAUUUUAUGCAACAACGCCGGCGUCCUGAACGAAACCAGCUGGGAGAAAACCAUUUCCAUCAACCUGAUGGGUGUGAUCAGAGGGACCUACGUGGCUCUGGAGCAGAUGAACCAGCUGAGCGGCGGCCGCGGCGGAGUCAUCAUCAACAUGGCCUCCAUGGCAGGAAUCGGUCCGUUGCUGAGCUGCCCCUCUUACACAGCAAGCAAGUUUGGAGUGGUGGGAUUCACCCGAGCCAUGGCCGCUGCCUCUGAGGCUUCUGGGUACGGCAUUCGGUUCAACGCGGUUUGCCCUGGCUUCGUGCAAACCGACCUGAUAACCAACAUCCCGGUUCGGCUGGGUCAGUUCUCCAACCUGGCCGCCGCCACACACAAACUGGUUGACGUGAUGGGGACGAUAGCGGUUUCUGAUGUCGCCGCCGCCGCCUUGGAGCUGCUGAUAGACGACACGAAGAACGGAGAGGCCCUGCUGGUCUUACAGAGUGGAGCCACGUACAUGCAGUUCCCUACAUUCAAUCCAACACAAAAUAAACCCUUAUAAUACGAACAGUAACCAACAUCUGGAUUCAGUUCUGCAAAAAACCCAUCAGGCCUGCUGUGGUCUUAAAUACCAAAGAUCACAGCUCCUCUUUUUGCCACAUCCAUCCAUCCAUCCAUCCAUUUUCUGUUCACCCUUGUCCCUAAUGGGGUCGGGAGGGUUGCUGGUGCCCAUC